CCUCCAGGGGGCUGAGGAGUUUCUGAGCCGGGGCGCUAGGCACCGGCUGCUGCAGAGAGACGGGUCUCCAGGCGGAGCGCUGCCAACCGGAUUCAGCCCAGGUUUUCCCCGGUCCGGGCUUGUCAUUGCCUGGGACACCUGGUCCCUCUGGCGCACCACGCAGCUGGCUGUGACUGCAACCCUGAACCUGGACACUCGCACCAGGGUUUCAUUUUUGGAUAAUUUAUACUGACUUGUCUUCAAGUUACUGACAUUGCACUGUGGUAUAUGCAGGAAUCCUAAAACCAAAAUACUAAAUUGAAAAUAAACAUGGCUCAUCACAUUACAUUUCUUUGGAUAGUUCUUGUUCUGCUUCUUCAGAAUUUUGUAUUAGCUGAAGAUGGGGAAAUAAGAUCAAGUUGCCGAACGGCUCCAACAGACUUAGUUUUCAUCUUAGAUGGCUCUUACAGUGUGGGCCCAGAAAACUUUGAAAUAGUGAAAAAAUGGCUUGUUAAUAUCACAAAAAACUUUGACAUAGGACCCAAGUUUAUUCAGGUUGGGGUGGUUCAGUAUAGCGACUACCCUGUGCUGGAGAUUCCCCUGGGAAGUUAUGCUUCAGGAGAGAAUUUGAUAGCAGCCAUGGAGUCCAUCCACUACUUAGGAGGAAACACGAGGACCGGAAAGGCCAUCCAGUUUGCACUGGAUUACCUUUUUGCCAAAUCCUCACGAUUUCUGACCAAGAUAGCAGUGGUGCUUACGGAUGGCAAAUCCCAAGAUGAAGUCAAGGAUGCGGCAGAAGCAGCAAGAGACAAUAAAAUAACACUGUUCGCCAUCGGCGUUGGAUCAGAAACAGAAGAUGCGGAACUCAGAGCCAUUGCCAACAAGCCUUCCUCAAAAUACGUCUUCUAUGUGGAGGACUAUAUCGCCAUAUCCAAAAUAAGGGAAAUAAUGAAGCAAAAGCUUUGUGAAGAAUCUGUCUGUCCAACACGAAUUCCUGUGGCAGCUCGCGAUGAGAAGGGUUUUGAUAUUCUUUUAGGUUUAGGUGUAAAGAAAAAGGUUAAGAAAAGAAUUCAGCUCUCACCAACAAAGAUAAAAGGAUAUGAAAUAACAUCAAAAGUUGAUCUAUCAGAAUUUACAAGCAAUGUUUUCCCAGAAGGUCUUCCUCCAUCCUAUGUAUUUGUUUCUACUCAGAGAUUUAAAGUCAAGAAAGUGUGGGAUUUAUGGAGAAUAUUAACCAUUGAUGGAAAACCACAAAUAGCAGUUACCUUAAAUGGUGUGGACAAAACAUUAUCAUUUACAACAACCAGUGUAAUUAAUGGCUCACAAGUGGCCACCUUCACUGACCCUCAAGUUAAGACAUUAUUUGAUGAAGGCUGGCAUCAAAUUCGUCUCUUAGUAACAGAGCAAGAUGUAACUCUGUUUAUUGAUGAUCAACAAAUUGACAAUAAGCCCUUACAUCCAUCUUUAGGGAUCUUCAUCAGUGGGCAAACCCAAAUUGGAAAAUACUCUGGGAAAGAAGAAACUGUUCAGUUUGAUGUCCAAAAGUUGCGAAUCUACUGUGACCCAGAGCAGAACAACCGCGAGACAGCAUGUGAGAUUCCUGGAUUUAAUGGAGAGUGCCUUAAUGGUCCAAGUGACGUAGGUUCGACUCCAGCUCCCUGUAUCUGUCCUCCAGGAAAUCCAGGACUACAAGGUCCCAAAGGUGACCCUGGACUGCCUGGGAACCCUGGCUACCCUGGACAACCUGGUCAAGAUGGUAAGCCUGGAUAUCAGGGAAUCUCAGGAUCACCAGGUGUUCCAGGACCUCCAGGAAUGCAAGGCUCUCAAGGACUACCAGGUUACAAAGGAGAACCAGGGAGAGAUGGCCAAAAGGGUGACCGUGGACUUCCUGGUUUUCCUGGGCUUCAUGGAAUGCCAGGAUCAAAGGGUGAAAUGGGCCCCAAAGGAGAUAAAGGAUCCCCGGGAUUUUAUGGCAAAAAGGGUGCAAAAGGUGAAAAGGGGAAUGCUGGUUUUCCUGGCCUUCCUGGACGUGCUGGAGAACCCGGAAGACAUGGAAAAGAUGGAUUAAUGGGUAUUCCUGGUUUCAAGGGAGAAGCAGGAUCCCCAGGUGCACCAGGGCAGGAUGGACCACGGGGAGAGCCUGGAAUCCCAGGAUUUCCUGGAAACCAAGGAUUAAUGGGCCAAAAGGGAGAAAUUGGACCUCCAGGACCACUAGGAAAAAAAGGAGCUCCAGGGAUACCAGGUUUGAUGGGAAGCAGUGGCUCACCAGGUCAGCCUGGCACACCAGGAUUGAAGGGAAGCAAAGGUGAGCCUGGACUUCAAGGAAUACCUGGACCUUCUGGGCUCAAGGGAGAACCAGGAGCAAGAGGUCUCCCAGGGGAACCUGGAUAUAUGGGCCUACCGGGAAUUCAAGGAAAAGCGGGGGACAAAGGAAAUCAAGGAGAAAAAGGCAGUCAGGGACAGAAAGGAGAAACUGGAAGACAAGGGAUUCCUGGGCAACAGGGAGUUCAAGGCCAUCAUGGUGCAAAAGGAGAGAGAGGUGAAAAGGGAGAACCUGGAAUCAGAGGUGCCAUUGGACCGAAAGGAGAAUCUGGGGUGGAUGGCCUGAUGGGGCCUGUGGGUCCUAAGGGGCAGCGUGGGGAAGCGGGUCCUCAGGGACCUCCAGGAUUGGAUGGAAAGCCUGGAAGAGAAUUUUCAGAACAGUUUAUUCGUCAAGUUUGCACUGAUGUGUUAAGAGCUCAGCUACCAGUCUUACUUCAGAGUGGCAGAAUUCAAAAUUGUGAUCACUGCCAAUCUCAGCGUGGUUCCCCAGGUGUUCCUGGGCCACCUGGUCCCAUAGGCCCUGAAGGUCCCCGAGGAUUUCCUGGAUUGCCAGGAAGAGAUGGCGUUCCUGGACUAAUAGGUGCCCCUGGACGUCCUGGUGCCAGAGGACUAAAAGGCCUACCAGGGAGAAAUGGGGCAAAGGGGAGCCAAGGGUUUGGGUAUCCUGGAGAGCAAGGUCCUCCUGGUCCCCCAGGUCCUGAGGGUCCUCCUGGAAUAAGCAAAGAAGGUCCUCAAGGAGACCCAGGAAUCCCUGGCAAGGAUGGAGAUCAUGGGAAGCCUGGAAUCCAAGGGCAGCCAGGCCCCCCGGGGAUCUGUGAUCCAUCGCUGUGUUUUAGUGUGAUUGUUGGAAGAGAUCCCUUUAGAAAAGGACCGAACUAUUAGUCUGAUGCCUCAUUCAGCAACCUAGGCAUGGUGCUUUUCUUUUGUGGUCUUUUACAUCUCAGGAAGAUAACCAGCAGUAAUCCCUUGAAGAGUAACUAAAGUACCUCGGUGUUUUUAUUUUAUUUUUUCCUUAAGGAAAAUUAUAUAAAAGGUCACAUACUGAUUUAAAAGGCUCCGCAAUAAUUUGGAGCCUUGAGAUUAGUAGCAUUAAUUAAGUCUCAAGGGUUUCUUGUGAAGUCCAUUUGUUUUAAUCAAAGUUGAAUAUAAAAAUCCACCAUUGCCUGUUAACCAGUCCAUUUGUCACUGUGAAAUACUUCACAUUCAGUCUCCAUGCAGGGGACUUUUGAGUUUGUGCUUGUGUGUAUUUCAUGUUGCAUAUCAUAGCUCAUGUGUCAUAUUAGCCAAAAUGUAUCUGGUCAUUGGAAACAAGAUCAGGGCUCAUAUUCAUCUAGGAUAGAUAGUGCAAUUGGCCCUCUGUAUCCAUGAAUUUAACUAACAGUGAGUUGAAAAUUUUGUUUUUUUAACUGUGUCAGUACUGAACAUGUAUAGACUUUUUCCUUGUCAUUAUUCCCUAAACAAUACAAUAUAAUAACUAUUUACAUAGCAUUUAUCUUGUGUUAGGUAUUAUAAGUAAUCUAGAGAUGAUUAUUUAAAGUACAUGGGAGGAUGUGCAUGGCUAUGUCCAAAUACUAUGCCAUUUUAUAAAAGGGACUUAAGUAUCUGUGGAUUUGGUGUCCGUGGGGCGUUGGUAGAAGUCCUGGAACCAACCCCCUAAGGAUACUGUGGUAGGAUUGUGUUGUCACAUGAGUCAUUUACUUUGGUGUCUGUGCUUAUUUUGUUUAGGGUCAGUGGACUUCUUGUUGUUCAGUGUUUUUAAUAUCACCUCUGAAUACAUUUAAUGUGUUUCUUAUUUCACUUUCAAACUCCAAAAUCAGAUCCAUGAUAAUGCUAAGAAAGUGUACUGCCUACAUUUGAAUGGUCCCAAUUAACUAACAUUAAAAAUAUUUUAAAAGUAAUGUUUCAGUGUAUAAUAUAUUCAAAGGAAACAUCACUUCAGAAGAACUAAGAAGACUUCAUACUUACUGAUUAAUUGAAAUGUUUGUUGUAUGCCUUCAUUUUUCAUUUCACUUAUAUGUGUAUGUUCAUGUAUGUUAUUUUCAUUUUAGCAAAGCUAAAGGGAAUAAAUGCUGUAGUUGAAAGAUUAUUCCAUAAAAAGAUUAUUCCAUAAAUCUUAGUAUGUUUUCAUAUCUUUAGUACACUUCAAACUAUUACAAACAGUCUUUGUGUACUGUACUUAAUGCUUUUGUAAGGAACAGAAUUGAGAUAUUUUGUCUUUGUCAUGCUCAAAAUUUUGUUACAUUCUUGUUAUCGGAGUACAAUAAAGUUUUGUAUGAGCCUGA